AUGGAAACCACUUUAAGAACUAAUAAAAAUUCUAUCGAUAUCCCUUCUGAUUUCAAAAGUACUUUACCACCUCGUAAGAGAGCAAAGACAAAAGAAGAAAAAGAACAACGUCGUAUAGAAAGAAUUCUUAGAAAUAGAAAAGCUGCACAUCAAUCAAGAGAAAAGAAAAGAUUACAUUUAAAAUUUUUAGAAGAUAAAUGUAACAUUAUGGAAAAAAUUAUUGACGGUUUAAAUUUACAAGAAAUUUUUAUUAAUCAAUCAGAUAAAUUAAAAUUAGUUAAAGAUUUAAACACUUUAGCUAUCGAAGAAGAUUUUGUUCAACAACAACCUUCAAAUAAUCCAUCUCCACAAAAUGAUAAACAACAAUCGAUUAUUAAACAAGAAGAAGAUGUUAAUUCUAAUUCUUUUGAUUUCACUUUCUCUAUGAAAGAUAUUCAUAAAUCAAAUAAUAAUACUGAUGGUACAAUGUCAUUCCAACAACAAAUUCCUUCUCCUUCAACUUCUGUUUCUACUCAUGGUUCAAUAUCAAUGUCUCCUGAUAGUUUAGCUCAUACUUUAAAAAAUGAAUUAUUAUCAACACAUAUUAAAAAAGAAGAAGAAGAAGAAGAAGAAGACAAUAUCGAUAUUGAUGAUGAUGCACGCAAGUUUGCUUUACAUAUUCAAAAUGAUAAUGAAGAAACUAUGAAAGCUAUCUUUAAUGAUCAUAUAAAUAGCAAUGAUGAUGUCGAUAAUCAAGAUUUCGAUUUUGAAGCCGACGCUGCUACUGCUCUAGAGCAUAGUAUUUUAAGUCAUGUUACUGAUGAUUCUCAGAACAAUCUCCUGUUGACUAGCAAUAAUAACGAAUUAAACGAUGUUAUGGACGUCGUUACUGAGUUCGAUCCACCUACUACUACAAUCACUGGUUCAUUUGAUCUUGACAAUUGGCGUAAUCCAGCCGCGAUUACUCUGAUAUCAUAA